UUGCACCAACUUCCUACUGGUAUGGAGAACGUAGAGUCCAUGGAAGUGGACGACGGCUUGAGCAAAGGCAAGGCCCCCGAUGCUAACGACGUCGCGGGCGAUUCCUUGGAGGCGCUUCCAAGUAAACCGGAAGUGUCUUCAGAGACAACCCUUGCAAAGGGUCCGGGUAACGCAAUUCCCAAGGCGCCAAUUGCUGGCACUCCCCUAUCUCCUUCGAGGAAAGUGGGUAGAGUGAAGCGGGGAAUUAUGUGCCCCUUUAGGGGGUGUAAGGUUGUCCUCAGAAGGGACAAAUUAGCUAACCACUCAUUUAGGUUUCAUUUACCCCUAUGUUUUAAGAUGGAAUCCUCUGAGUCUUGGCAGAAGAUGCGUGGCCUGCGCAUCAAUGCUCUGUUUACUCUUUCACAAGAGCUUGGAGUAAGAGGGCUAAUAGGGUUGUUUGAUUUCUUAUUCAAAAGGUGGAAUUGUUCGAUUAAGACUCAAUUUCAACUCGAGCUUGUCGAUGACAUGAUACACCUUUCGAGAGAAUAUGGCUGGCAUAUACCUCCUCGGUUUAACUUGUCACCACCAAAUUCACCGGCAAUUCUCAUUCAUUGGCGUCCCUUGCUAUUUUUGGUAGGCCAAUUACCUCGCACCAGACAAAUUUGGUUCAAGAACAGAUUCUCAGUUCUCUCCGUUCCUUCUAUAAAAAAGGAGCAGGUACCACCUCCCCAAGAAUGUCAGCACAAACCAGCGACACAAUCAGCGCCAAUUGCUGCUCCACCAGUGGUGCGUACGUGCAGUUCUGAGAUUCCAAUUGCGCAUUCACAAUCUGCGCCAAUUGCAAUGACCAUUCCUGCUAGUGCGGGCGUGGCAACCUCUACCUCGCCAGCAAGGCCUGCGCCAAUUGCAAUGACCAUUCCUGCUAGCGCGGGCGUGGCAACCUCUACCUCGCUAGCAAGGCCUGCGCCAAUUGCAAUGACCAUUCCUGUCAGUACGGGCGUGGCAACCUCUACCCUGCCAGUAAUGCCGUCAAGGUCUGCGCCAAUUGCAAUGACCAUUCCUGCGAGUGCGGGCGUGGCGACCUCUAUAUCAGCAGCGAUGCCGUCAAGAUCUGCGCCAAUUGCAAUGACCAUUCCUGCAAGUGCGGGCGUGGCGACCUCUAUCCCAGCAGCGAUGCCGUCAAGAUCUGCGCCAAUUGCUAUGUCUGGUCCUGAUGAGUCAGGACCUGCUCUAACAGCUUUUGACGCACAUUAUCACCCUGACCGUUUGAGCGCACAUCUCGGGCAUGUUACGGAAGAACAGUUAGCACCGCCCCGUGUUCCGGUCAGAGUUAUAGGAGGCGUUAUGAAUUUUUGUGACCCAGGGACGUACAGCCAAAUGCCGCGUUUAGUUGGGCAUCCUUGGCAUCUUGCUAUUGGAAUUCACCCUUCGCGCGCAGGUACAUACACUGCAGACGAUUUCGCAUACCUUGAGCAGACUUUGUCAUCUCGUCGGGUCUCAGGUAUUAGUGAAGUAGGGUUGGAUUACAAUCUUGAUCCAAGCACAUGGGAUUCCCAGAUGCGUCUUCUAAAUCGCAUUUUAGAACUGGGCACUUUAGGUUAUGUCCUUAUUAUGCACAUUCGGGGACCUAAGGGAAACCCGGACCUUACUCGUUUGGUAUACCGCAAGGUAUUCAAGCAGUUCCACUCUACAAAUAUCAGUGAUGCUUACAGCGACACAACAUCCGAAUGGAGUUUGGAAGACGGAUUACAAAGUACCUUGUACUAUCCGGUAAACACCUUAAAGCAAGUCGAAAGCGAAGACGACAACGUCGAUGACUCUCAUCAACCUGGUCAGAAUGUAUCGAUUGAAGGUGAUAGCGAAUCGUUCCUAUCAGAUUCUACAUCUAGUCUGCUAAGGUUUAUGGAUCAAAUGGAUAAUGACAGCCUUACGGAUGUGUCCAGCAUCGCGAGCGAUGAUGAAUACGAUGUCGACACGUUCACAACUGUUAGUGAUCUGACAGACUUUGAUGAUGAACUCUUCGAUGACAACAACAGUGACGUCGUGCUUGAAAUGUCUCUGCCAAAAGUCGAAUAUGGGCUGAUAGACAAUGCUUUAUCCGUUGCAACUACCUUUCUCAAUGAAAUAAUGGCUGAGGUCGCUUCUGAACUGAACUCGAAAAAGUGA